AUGCUCUUCUCGACUCUCUUUGCGAUCUUGUCUACCUCGGUUCUGGUAUCGGCUGCUCCAGCCUACGCACCCCCAGGUAUCAAACUCACCGGAUGCCCUAUCUCAAACGCAAAAUUCAACCUUCCAGCCGGUCAAACCGCCGUAACAGUCCCAUCCGGUAACCCAGUCUACAUCGCUCUAGGCGUGGGCGUUCAGAACUAUACAUGCGGCUCGACGGGGACGUUUACAUCCUCCGGCGCAGUCGCCAAACUCUUCGACAUCUCGUGUCUGGUAAAUACCCCGCUCUUUCCUGGGAUUCAAGAUAUGGUGUAUUCGGUUGCGCGCAAUGAUCGGGGACAGGCUCUCGUUGCCAAGAUGGAAACGGUUCUGAAAGCUGUACCCCUCACACCUCUCGUACUCGGCGACCACUACUUCAUCCCUAACCCCACAACAAACGGCACAGGCCUGACUCCCGUCUUCGACUUUCGCGCCGGGAUCAAAAAGGAGGAUCCGAGCGGAUUCGUGGCCGUCAAGAAACUUGGCAACAUACCUUCGCCGGCCGGAAGCUCCAACGUGGACUGGUUGAUGCUUCAGAAUUUGGGAGGCACGGUCGGUGGUACCCUCGCGAGUACUGUUUUGAGGGUUGAUACCAAGUCGGGUCAGCCUCCUGCAUCGGCGAUAUUACACUUGGAGGUAUUUGGACGAAAUAUAAUUGUUUUGAACUCAGCCGAAGACGCACAAGAGCUCCUUGGGAAACGUGCGGCUAUAUAUUCGGAUCGUUUCUGCCCAACGUUCGCCAAGGAGCCCGACUUGUUCGACCUUGCUAGAACCCCCGCCUUCUGCUCGUAUAAUGACAUAUGGAGACACCAUCGACGCAUGAUGAACAAAUGGCUCAACGCUCGUGCAGUCACGCAAUUCGAUAAAUUACUGGAAGAACAAGCAUAUCAAUUGCUUCGUCGUAUGCUAAAAAGUCGACUCAACCCCAGGCCUUUGAGAUCGUUGAGCAUGAGCUCUUUUCACGUUGGCGUCGACAAUGUUUCGGCUUGCAUAUGUAUAUAG